GCCGCGCCGGCGCAGGAGGCCGCAUGCCGGGCGGAGGCCGCAGAGAACUUUCAGACCUGUGCCUCAGACCAACCAGAGCUCUGACUGCCCCACGGUCUGCACAGAGACCUGAGUGAGAGGAGACAACGCUCCUGGAAGGAAAUCACAGAGAAUGACAACAUGGAGCAGAAACCCCAGGAUGGUAGAAAGGGCCCCCCUCACCGGGAAGUGCCCCCCAUUGUGGGCCUGCUGCUUGCCAUGGCCCUCAUGAAUGUGCUCCUCUACCUUUGCCUGGAUCGGUUCUUCAUCUCCCCUCGACGUUCUGCAGUGGACCUGGAUCACUGUCCCCAGGGAUACUUCCGAAUGGGGCAGAUGAAAAACUGCUCUCCUUGGCUGACCUGUGAGGAGCUAAGGACAGAAGUGAGGCAGCUCAAGCAUGUGGGGGAAGGCGCCGUGAAGAAAGUCUUUCUGUCUGAGUGGAAGGAACGCAAAGUUGCUCUGUCACGGCUCACCAGCCUGGAGAUGAAAGAUGAUUUCCUCCAUGGUCUGCAGAUGCUGAAAUCCCUACAGAGUAAACAUGUCGUUACGCUGGUUGGCUACUGUGAGGAAGACAACACUAUUCUUACUGAAUAUCACCCCUUAGGUUCCUUGAGCAACCUGGAAGAGACCCUAAACCUUUCAAAGUACCAGAAUGUGAACACCUGGCAGCACAGGCUACAGCUGGCCAUGGACUAUGUGGGUAUCAUUGACUACCUACACCAUAGCCCACUGGGCACGCGGGUCAUGUGCGACUCCAGCGACCUGGCCAAGACGCUGUCUCAGUACCUGCUGACCAGUAACCUCAGCAUUGUGGCCAACGACCUGGACGCCCUGCCCCUGGUGAACCACAGCUCCGGGACGCGGGUCAAGUGUGGCCACAGGCAGCUGCAUGGGGACUUCGUGGCCCCAGAGCAGCUGUGGCCCUAUGGAGAGGACGUGCCUUUUCAGGAUGAUCUCAUGCCCUCCUAUGACGAGAAGGUCGACAUCUGGAAGAUUCCAGAUGUCUCCAGUUUCCUUUUGGGGCAUGUGGAAGGGAGUGAUAUGGUCCGGUUCCAUUUGUUUGACAUUCACAAGGCAUGUAAGAACCAGUCGCCCACAGAAAGGCCUACUGCCCGGGAUGUCCUGGAUACUUACCAGAGGGUCUUAAAUUCACUCAGAGACACCCUGAUGUCUCAGACAAGAGAAAUGCUAUGAAAACCCAUUGCAUCAGUGAAGAACAAGGAUGGGGUUUCAGGAGCAAAUGGAAUAGAUACAGCAAUUCUGCUCCAGCAGUGAGUUUUUGCUGUUCAAUCAUGUGGUUCUUUUUCCACAUGUGGAUUUGAGCAAAUUCUACCUCUCCUGGCCAACUGGACAGAAGGUGCUAAACAUGAGAAGCUCGGCUUGAAGUCUGGCUUCAGUUUCUAAAGCAGAUUACUCCGGGUGAAGAUGCAGAGGAGCAGCUAUCUACCAGCUACCAGCUGUCUGAAGGAAGUAACAAAAAUACUACUAUGGAAAGGCUUCACCUACCCUAAUAACAGAAUUCACAAUCUGCAUACAUUGGUGUAUAAAGGGGCUUUCUAAAUGACAGUAUGUGAAAGAAACGUGUAGUAGUUCUCCAAAGAACGUUGUGCUCCCUCAUUUAUUUUAGAUGGUAAUCAAUGUAUCUAGGUCUUGGGAUUUUUGUGGGCUAUCAGUGAGGACUGUCUUUACUGUUUAAAUAAUUGUUCUGUGACCUCCCCUGCUAUCCUCUUUCCAGUAAGCUGGAGGAGAACUCUUGACAGUCUGCUCUCUGAAAUUUUGGGUGGAUAGGGAUAUUUAAAAACAGCAAGUGUGAGGAAAAGUAUAUCUAUGUGACUGCAUACUUUCCUUCCUGCUGGGUUUUCUGUGUCCAAAAUGAAUCGUUGUGAACAUUUUACAUCAACGGUGUCACUCAUUGCUGGAAAGUGUCAAUCUCGUCCAAUUAAGUUGCAUGAUUGAAUCCUUCAGAGAGCUCCUUCAGCUGUGUCAACAUCAUCCUCCGUGCAGGGGAUGAUCGCUUUAGGGCAUACUAACCAGCACUGAGAAGGUGGUGAAAGCAGACAUUCAGGGGCAGAGAUGCUCUGCCUUCCCCUGAGCUUGAGCAGGGUCAGAAUCACGGAAUCACAGGAACGGGCCCACCCCAGGGUGUCUGACUCAGGAGGUCUGGAUGGAGUUUGAGACUUUGCAUUUCUAACUGGUUCCCAGGUGAUGCUGGGACCACAUUUGGAGAAACACUGCCCUAAACUUUAUCAGGAGGUACUACAGGCAGCAGGAUAGGACAGUGUUAUCAGUAUUAUUCCCUAUGCCACUGCCUGGGGUUAUUGGUCUUGUGGCUAAUCAGAGACUAUGUGUGUCCAGUUAUUUCAGUUGUCCUUUUUUAUAUUAAAAUUCUGCCACAGUGCAUUAGGAUAGUGGUAAUCAAAAGGAUGUGGAGAAUUGGAGCCCACAUGCAUUACUGUGGGUUUGUGAAAUGGGGCAGCUGCUCUGGAAAACAGUCUGGCAGCUCCUCCAAGAUUAAAAAAGAGUUACCAUAUGAGCCAGCAUUUCUACUCUUAUCUGUGCCAAAGAAAAUUGAAAACAUGUCCACACAAAAGCUUAUAGCUACACCUUUCUCAAUAGACGAAAGAUGGAAAUAACCCAGAUGUUGAUGGCUGGUGAGUGGAUAAAGAAAAUGUCAUAUAUCUAUUCAGUAAGCUAUUAUUCAGUCCUGAAAAGGAAUGAGUGUUGAUACAUGUUGCAAUAUGAAUGAACCUGGAAAACAUGCUAAGUGAUAGAAGCCACAAAAGACCACAUGAUUACAUUUAUAUGAAAUGUACAGAAUAGGCAAAUUUCAUAGAACUAGAAAACUGAUUAGUGGUUUCCAGGGACUGGCAAAGGGGCGCUUGCUAAUGGGCACAGAGUUUCUUUUUGGACUGAUGAAAAUGUUUGAAAUUGUAAAGUGGUAAUAGUUGCACAAUUCUGUGAUUAUACUAAGUAAUACUGAGUUGUGUAAAAGGGGCAAAUUGUAUGGAAUGUGAAUUAUAUCUCAAUAAAACUGGGGGAAAAACCCCACCUCUGUGGCAAGGCCUUGUAUCCCUUACUCCCUUAUCAUUCAGCACAGGUAGUUACUGUGUGGAGCUGCUGUCAUUCUUGUUUGAGGUUUUCCUUAGAUUUUAUUUUAUUUUUUUAAGAUUUAUU